CCAGCCAUGGAGCCCCCUGCGAGCUAUAUAAGGCCGUCCACCUGUCAGUCUGGGCAACACAACUCACGACUUACGACCCUCAUCACGACUACAAAUCUUAUUUUCAACCACCAUGCAAGCAGCAUCAAACGCAGCACAGAGCGUACGUCCCAUCCGCGCACCGCAGGCGUUGCGUGUAGCUGAUGGUCCUGCCACAGGCCAUGGGCGACUUCCCCACUGUCGUUCGCCCAGAGUACAAGGUUCGCCAGGACGGCAGCACCAUGAAGGCCCUCGCCUGGUUCGGUGCCCGCGACGUCCGCCUCAUCGACGCGCCUAUCCCGGAUAUCAGCGAGCCAGACGAUGUCAUCCUUCGCAUUACCGGAACCACCAUCUGUGGUUCAGACCUCCACCUCUACAACGGGGAGAUCGUCAACCUGCAGAAGGGCGAUAUCCUCGGCCAUGAGUUCAUGGGUGUCGUUGACGCCAUUGGUCCCAACGUGAAGAACCUCCAAGUCGGCCAGCGUGUCGUCUCUUCUUUCCAGAUCGCAUGCGGCGACUGCGAAUAUUGCAAGCAAAAGCUAUCUUCCUUCUGCGAUCGCACCAACCCCUCUAGUCUUCAGAACGCGAUGUAUGGCCACCGGGACGCCGGGUUCUUUGGCUACUCCCACUUCACCGGUGGCUUCGCGGGCGGCCAGGCAGAAUACGUCCGCGUACCAAAAGGCAACGUGAAUCUACUCCCCAUUCCUGAAGGCGUUUCCGACGAGAGGGCUCUCUACCUCUCCGACGUUCUCCCUACGUCGUACCACGCCGUGUUCGACACUGGCGUCACUGAAGGCGAUGUAGUCGGUGUUUGGGGUCUGGGUCCAAUUGGUCAAUGCGUCGCCAAGUGGGCACUCGCCAAGGGUGCGAAGCGCGUCAUUGGUGUUGACCGCGUCCCGGAGCGUCUGGCAUUCGCCAAAAACGUGUUGGGCAUCGAGACGAUCGACUUCUCCGAGCACAAGGACGUCGUGAAGCGGUUCCAGGAGGUCGCACCGGGCGGCCUCGACGUCGCCAUCGACGCGGGCACGUUCCACCAGCCGAAGAGCAUCCUCCACAAGGUCGAGAAGGCGCUCAUGCUCGAGACCGACGUGUCGGAGAUCGUCAACGAAAUGAUUAUGUCCGUCAAGAAGGGCGGCAGCUGCGGCAUCAUCGCGGCCUAUGCCGGGUACACGAACCACUUCAACAUCGGCGCGCUCAUGGAGAAGGGCGUGCGCCUCAUCGGGAACGGCCAGGCACCGGUGCACAAGUACUGGAAGGAGAUUCUCUAUGACUGGAUCAUCCCCGGCAAGUUUGACCCCGCUUUCAUGAUCACGCACCGUGUGCCGAUCGACGACUUCGUGGAGCUGUACGAGGCCUUUGACAAGCGUCAGAACGGCGUCGAAAAGGUCUUCGUCGAGACCAAGUUCUCGAACCCGCCCGCUCCCGGACUCCCGACGACGACACGGGUGGCAGAGUGGUAGAGCGUUUAAAUGUGGGGUGAGCAGCCUGCGCGGAAGAAGUUAAUAUGACUGUACCAGUAUGGAUGUAUCAUACGACUUUGUAAUGCCGUAAUUUUACGCCUGUUCUGUAUACUUGUUCGGUCCUUCUGGGAAGCGGAUAUAACGCGGCCGGUGGGUUUGUCGUUCAACCAAAGUGCUAUUUCUUGCACAUGUCCGGGACUUGUGCACUCCG